AGUGCGAGAGAGAGAGAGAGAGAGAGAGAGGUACAGGGAGUCUGCUCGAGAGGGAGAGAGAGAAAAAGAGAGAGAGAGAAGGAGAGAGAGCAAGAGAAGGAAGGAAGGAAGGAAAAGAGGAAAGGAGGAAGGAAGGAGAAAAUGGUUUAAAAAGAACUCACCCGGGUUUGGUUUGCGGCGGCGCCGCAGCCGAGCGCCCUUCGUCCGCAGCCCUGCUGGACAAAAGAAAGGCAGAGCGAGAGAGCGUGAGAGAGAGACAGGAGGAGAACGAAACAGAGAACGAGAGAACGAGAGAAUGAGAGAAAAUCUCCGAUUUCAACUUUUUGUCAGGAGCGAGAGCACUGACAAAGCAAAAACGAUAAAAAACAAACAAAAAAAAAAAACAAUAACCAAAAACCAAGCGGCGCAGACUGGACGGGAUGGACAGACGGAAGCUGGGGGAUGGCGGGAAAAGAGGAGCGGCCGAGAGCGCAGGUUGAAGCUGGAGACGCGUGGGUCCAUGUGCAGAGGGAUGAAGCGCAGGCACACCAGAGGGCAGACUUUUCACGUUCAGCCAGACGAAAGGGGGUGGGAGGGCGAAACGAGGAGGAUGACGACGGUGGCGGUGAUGGUGAUGAUGAUGAAGAAGAAGAAGAAGAAGCAGCAAAAAAAGAAGAAGAAGAUAAUGAGGAAGAUGAUGAUGAUUAUGGCGGCGGCUGCGGUGGUGUCGAGAGCAUGCAGGCUGAAGUUUAGCUAAAAGAAGAAGAGCAGAGAGAGCAGAGAGAGGGAGAGAGAGAGCAUUGUUCCCCACCAGGAGUCUCUCGAGUCUCUCCAGUCCCUCACCCCGGCCUGCUUCGGAUUAGAGCUUCAAGGCCAACAUUGCAACGUUACAGCACACAAUACACUCCUGGAAACAACCAAUCACACUCACAGGCAAUUUAGCACUGCAGUAAAAUCACAUAGAGGAAUGUCCUUCAUUAAAUACAUUUAUAGACAUUUAUAAGAGCAGGAUAUUCUACCAAAGCCUGGUCCUGUCCAGUGAUUAGAUUUUUGGAAAGCAGCAUCGACAAGUUGCACCAUUGGGGGGCAGCCUUUUGCUCCCAAACUGUUUGAGUUUGAGGACUAGAUGUGUGUAGAAGUGUAGAACACACAAGUAACUACUGAAAUGCAAUUGGUCAACACAGGCAAUACGUUUUCAUGCUGAAGGACGGAGGAAAAUUGAAGGAUCAAAAUGCACGGAUUGACAGAAUACAGAUAGGACUACCUAAGGUCCUUAAUUCUAAGUCUUUACUGUACUAUCAGCACUUGAAGCUGAUCCUUAAUCACAUCUUGGAACUGUAUCAGACAUACAUUAUCAAUUACAAACUACAAUACUGAUUUGUGAAUGCAAAGCUAAUGUGAAUUGGGGAAAAUAGGCAUUGCAAUACAUAUAUACAGCACUGGAAAAAAAAAUGAAGAGACCACUCUGAAUCAGUUUCUCUGAUUUUGCUAUUUAUAGGUUUUAUGUUUGAGUAAAAUGAACAUUAUUGUUUUAUUCUAUAAACUAUAGACAACAUUUCUCCCAAAUUCCAAAUAAAAAUAUUCUCAUUUAGAGCAUUUAUUUGCAGAAAAUGAGAAAUGGCUGAAAUAACAAAAAAAUAUUUAAUUUUAUAAUUUUAUGUUGCACUGUCGUCACUCCUGCACUUUAUGUCGUCUAUUGCUUGUUGUUCUAUGUUGCACCAUGGUUCCGGAGGAACGUAAUUUCAUUACACUGUGUACCUGAACUCAGAUGUAAUGACAAUAAAAGCCUCUUGACUCUUGAGAUGCAAAGCUUUCAGACCUCAAAUAAUAAUGCAAUAAUGCAAAGAAAACAAGUUCAUAUUCAUAAAGUAGUUUUAAGAGUUCAGAAAUCAAUAUUUGGUGGAAUCUUGGCAUCAUGUUCUCCUCCACCAGUCUUACACACUGCUUUUGGAUAACUUUAUGCUGCUUUACUCCUGGUGCAAAAAUUCAAGCAGUCCUCUUGAUUAUAUUCUAGAGGUUUUUAUUUUGGUAAGAUCAAAGAAACUCAUCAUUUUUAAGUCCUCUCAUUUAUUUUUCAGAGCUGCAUAUGUUUUUAUUCUAUAUAU